GUCAAGCCAUUGGGCGCGCCAACAUGGCCGCUUUGCCGGAGGAGCCGACGGAGACAGUAGCAGUGAAGCCCGAUCCUGACGCAGGAGCGCCGCCGCCCGCUCCGCCCGCUCCUCUCUCCCAGUCCCCGAUCUCGGCGGCAGCAGCAGGUGCUACAACUGUCCCCCCUCCGCCUGCCUCCUCGGUCGCCGCCGCCCUCCUUGCGGAUGGGGAGCCGCUCGCCGGAGGAGUUGACUCGAAGGGCUCGGUGGCUUCCAGCCCGACGCCGGCCGCCUCCCAACUACCUCACGACCGGCAGACGCUGCUAGCGGUACUGCAGUUCUUGCGACGCAGCAAUCUCCGCGAAUCUGAGGAGAUCCUCCGUAGGGAAGCCCGUGUCCUCGUCGACGACGUCCCGGGCGAUCCGAAUCCCUCAGCGCCCGGAGUCCCGGGAGCUCAUGGCGGGGAAGGACAGGAUCCCAGUGUCGGGAUCUUGGCCCCCGGAGCUGGGGACGUGCUGCUCAGUUCUGUCACUUUUGGCCAGACUGGAGCUACGAUCUCUCCAGCCGCUAUCACGACACCUCCCGCCGCGCCCCUGGGCCCUCCUGGGAAAGUUGGAGUUCUUGUCGAAGAUCAGCCAGAUGUGAGUGCAGUGCUAUCUGCUUAUAAUCAACAGGGAGAUCCAGCACUUUAUGAAGAAUACUACAGUGGAUUGAAACACUUUAUUGAAUGUGCUCUAGAUUGUCAUAGAGCUGAAUUAUCACAACUUUUUUAUCCUCUGUUUGUACACAUGUAUUUGGAACUAGUCUACAAUGGACAUGAAAAUGAAGCAAAAUCCUUCUUUGAAAAGUUUCAUGGGGACCAAGAGUGUUAUUACCAAGAUGACUUACGUGUCCUGUCAGGUUUAACCAAAAAAGAGCACAUGAGGGGAAAUGAGACUAUGCUGGAUUUCCGAACAAGCAAGUUUGUGUUGCGUAUUUCCCGUGAUUCUUACCAGCUUCUUAAGAGACAUCUUCAGGAAAAACAGAAUAAUCAGAUCUGGAACAUUGUUCAAGAACACCUUUACAUUGAUAUCUUUGAUGGAAUGCCUCGUAGUAAACAACAGAUUGAUGCUAUGGUGGGAAGUUUAGCCGGAGAAGCAAAACGAGAAGCAAAUAAAGCAAAGGUAUUUUUUGGCUUAUUAAAAGAACCAGAAAUUGAGUUGCCUUUGGAUGAUGAAGAUGAAGAGGGAGAGAAUGAGGAGGGCAAACCAAAGAAAAAGAAGCCAAAAAAGGAUAGCAUGGGAUCAAAAAGUAAAAAGCAGGAUCCAAAUGCUCCUCCUCAGAAUAGAAUCCCUCUUCCUGAGCUAAAGGAUUCUGAUAAGCUGGAUAAAAUAAUGAAUAUGAAGGAAGCCACUAAGCGUGUUCGGCUUGGUCCAGAUUGUUUGCCUUCUAUUUGCUUCUACACAUUUCUUAAUGCAUACCAGCUGUCAAAUCUUUCAAGAUUCCUGGUGGCUUACAGGGAGAGAAAACAUACUGUAAAAAUUAAAACAUCCAAGGGCCUUACAGCUGUGGAUGUUACAGAUGAUUCUAGCAUGAUUGUCGGAGGCUUUGCUGAUUCCACUGUCAGGGUAUGGUCUGUGACACCCAAAAAGCUUCGCAGUGUGAAAUCAGCCACAGAUCUCAGUCUCAUAGAUAAAGAAUCUGAUGAUGUUUUAGAAAGAAUCAUGGAUGAAAAAACAGCUAGUGAAUUGAAGAUUUUAUAUGGUCAUAGUGGGCCUGUCUAUGGUGCUAGCUUUAGCCCUGAUAGGAACUAUUUGCUAUCAUCUUCAGAGGAUGGCACUAUCAGAUUGUGGAGUCUUCUAACUUUUUCUUGUUUGGUGGGAUACAAAGGACACAACUAUCCUGUAUGGGACACACAAUUCUCUCCGUAUGGAUAUUACUUUGUAUCUGGUGGUCAUGACAGAAUAGCUCGUUUGUGGGCUACAGAUCACUAUCAGCCUUUGCGGAUCUUUGCUGGUCAUCUUGCAGAUGUCACAUGUACGCGUUUUCACCCAAACUCCAACUACAUUGCUACAGGCUCAGCAGACAGAACUGUGAGGCUUUGGGAUGUACUUAAUGGAAAUUGUGUAAGAAUCUUCACAGGACAUAAGGGACCAGUUCAUUCAUUAGCGUUUUCUCCUAAUGGAAGAUUCUUGGCAACUGGAGCAACUGAUGGAAGAGUGCUUCUGUGGGAUAUCGGCCAUGGUUUAAUGGUAGGAGAGUUAAAAGGACACUCAGACACCAUCUAUGCACUCAAAUUCAGUAGAGAUGGAGAAAUCUUAGCUUCAGGUUCAAUGGACAACACAGUUAGACUCUGGGAUGCUGUGAAAGCUUUUGAGGACUUAGAAACAGAUGAUUUUACAACAGCCACUGGACACAUAAACCUUCCUGAAAGUUCACAGGACUUGCUGUUGGGCACAUAUAUGACCAAAUCAACCCCUGUUAUACAUCUCCACUUUACCCGAAGAAAUUUACUUCUUGCUGCUGGGGCUUAUAGUCCUCAGUAAAACACAAAAAUAGGUGGCUUGAUUAUGCAAGUCUUACAAAGUAAGCUUAGAUCUUCACAUUACUGAAUACUGCCAUUAAUAUAUUGAACAAAUGAACUGAAAUUCUACUGGUACAAAGAGUGCAAACUGUAAGUAUAGCAAGGCAGAAAGAAGAGUGGCAUUUCUGCUUUUCUCCACCCCCCCCUUUCAAUUUGUAUAGUCUUUUCCACUGAAAUCAGAAGGAAGGAAUUAACUGAUGCCAGGUGCAAGGGUAGUAUAGAUACUGUAGGCACCUAGUUUGUGUACCAUGUCUAGGAAGUAGUCCUUCUGGCUUCUAGUCAAUCAUUUUUUCCCUUUCCCGUAUGGUCCCUGGGACAUCUUUCCCAACAUUGUCAUAGGUUGUAUGAUACAUAUACAAAUAUUUAUUGUAAAACUUGUUCAAAAAAGUUGGGAGAGUAGAAUGUACAGAGCAGUGUGCUGCAUUUAUGUAGCAAGGAAGCCAGAAUGAUUCUUUGACUUAAGUACCCCAGAGCUUAAAAGAUCACAUUAUAUAACUGCAUAGGUAUUGGGAAUUACUAAAAUAAGUAGCAUUUUAGAAGAUGGACUUUAUAAAUGCUACUUAACACUUUUAACAGAGAAACUGGCUUCUCUAAGAAUUCUGAAUAUUGUUCUACAGAAAUAAAAACUAUUGUCACAGAAAUACGAUUAUUCAAAUGUGAGUCAGAGAAAAAUAGCUGGCUUUAAAUUUUUUUCAUAAUAAUUCUUGGUUUAUGCUUUCAUUGAAAUAUAUCAGUUAUACAUUGAGUGUUGAAAUCAAGCAGUAUGGAUCCAGUAUGUAUUUUUUAAAUAAUUGUGAUUUUGUAUUUUAUACAGUUUUAUAUCUUUAUAAUAAAAAUUCUGUAUAUAUCUUACCAUCUAAAUGAGUUAUCUUUACAUGGUUCUAUAAGAAGUUACCUUAGUAUAACUGUAACAUAUCUUAAUGCAAUGAUAGAGUACGGGUAGUCCUUGCUUAAAGAUGGUAAUUGGACUGAAAUUUCUGUCACUAAGCAAUGCAAUCGUAAAGCGUGAU